GUAAUCCCACUCGAGUCAAGUGGAUGAACAUCUCCGUUAACCCAAGUCAAAUGCGAAGGUUGUGUAUAUAUAAAAGUUUUCAAAUAACACCAAUCAAUAAACUAAAUUAACCUAAAAAGAAUGGAGUUUUCUUGGCUAUACAUAACGCUCUCCAUAUUUUCCUUUCUAAUGUUAAUGAAACUUUGGAAGAAACAAACACCAAAAAAUUUACCACCAGGACCACCAAAAUUACCCUUAAUCGGCAACCUCCACCACCUAACAAAGGGUAACACCUUCCCACACCGCCGCCUCGCCGAGCUAGCGGUGGUGCACGGGCCUAUGAUGCAUCUCAAACUAGGGGAAGUUUCAACCGUUAUUAUAUCAUCUGCUGAGAUGGCUAAAGAGGUGAUGAAAACUCAUGAUGCUGUGUUUUGUAGUAGGCCAUCUCUUAUGCUUGGGAGAGAGCUUUUUUAUGGUUCAUCGGAUAUUGGGUUGGCACCGUAUGGUGAGUAUUGGCGUCAAGUUAGGAAGAUAUCGGUGCUUGAAUUGUUUACGGCUAAGAGGGUUCAAUCGUUUCGGCCUAUUAGAGAGGAGGAGGUUGCGGACCUCAUUGAGUCGUUAAGGUCACAGGCAGGGUCUGUGGUUAACCUUAGCAACAAACUAUUUGGUCUUACUUUUAACAUUACGGCUAGGGCAACCUUCAAUAAGAAAGGCAAAGACCAAGAAGAAUUUCGUGCUCUUACCGAAGAUAUUUUCAAACUUUCCUCUGGCUUCUCCGUUGUAGACGUAUUUCCGUCGAUCGAGUUCCUUUAUUCAAUCUUUGGGAUGAAGAGGAAAUUCAAGGAGCUUGUUCGCCAAUCGAAUCGAAUACUUGAUCCUAUAAUUGAAGAACACAAGUCUAAGAAAAUAGAUCAGUGUAUAGGCGAAGAGGAAGACUUGGUCGAUGUUCUAUUGAAGUUUCACAAGGAUAAUGUCAAAACCCCUCAACAAUUCUCCUUGACUGCAGAUAACAUUAAGACAAUUAUAUUGGAGCUAUUUAGCGCUGGAACCGAAACCACUUCAACAGCACUAGAAUGGGCAAUAUCUGAAUUGCUAAAAAACCCAAAAGAAAUGAAGAAGGCACAAGCUGAGGUGCGACGAGUAUAUGAAGGGGAGACUGCAGUUGAUGAGAAAAAGCUACACGAACUCACUUACUUGAAGCUAGUUAUUAAAGAAACCCUACGCCUUCAUCCUCCGGCUCCUCUCUUGGUUCCAAGAGAAUCAAUGGAUAAAUGCCAAAUCAAUUCAUAUGACAUACCUUCCAAAACUAGAGUCCUUAUCAAUGCAUGGGCUAUAGGAAGGGAUCCUGAAUUUUGGCCGGAGCCUGAAAGAUUUAAUCCCGAAAGGUUUGACAAUAAUAGUUCAGUAGAUUACAAAGGAACUAAUUUUGAGCUAAUUCCAUUCGGUGCAGGAAGAAGAAUGUGCCCCGGCGUGGCACUUGGUAUGGCGAAUGUUGAGCUCCCAUUAGCCAUGUUACUCUACCAUUUUGAUUGGAAAUUACCUAGCGGUCUUAGUCCUGAAUAUCUAGACAUGAAUGAAGCUUUUGGAUUAACAGUGAGGAGGAAAAAUGAUUUGCAAGUAAUUCCUAUCCCUUACCCUUACUGAUCACAUGUUUAUUGAGAUCGGAUAAUUAGUGUCAACAAGUUUUAAAUUUUUCAUAAACGAGUUUGAAAAUGAAUAAACGAUUAUUCAUCCAUGUUGGAGUAUAGUUUGUAAAAGAAGGAAAUAGUAUCUUUCAUGGUUAAUCGGGUGAUUUAUGAACCAUGUAUGCGGCCAUGCAGGUGCGCCCGAUUUAUGUACACCUAUAAGGAUUUCAAUGUACACGUAUAAGUGGAACAUUAUACUAUAUGUACUUUGGAAUUUGAACUAUAUGUUCAUUUAUUAUAUGUUUUUUGGGUA